AUGGAUGGGAUUAUUUCAGAUUCCCAGAAUGCCUUUGUUGGAGGUAGGCAAAUUCUUGAUUUAGUUCUUAUCGCCGAUGAAUGUGUGGAUUCAAGGUUGCGUAAUGGUGUUCCUGGAGUUCUGUCCGGCUUUUUUGGGUGCUCUCAGGGUAUAAGACAAGGUGAUCCAUUGUCAUCUUUUCUUUUUCUUAUUGUUAUGGAGGGCUUAAGCAGACUUAUGUGCCGAGCAGAGAAUCUUGGUCUCAUCAAGGGAUUUCGGGUGGGAAGAGAUAUUACAAAUCAGGUGGAGAUUUCUCAUUUGUUAUUUGCAUAUGACACUCUGGCUUUUUGUGAUGCAAAUGUGUCUCAACUUAGAUAUUUGAGAUGCAUUCUGGCUUGCUUUCAGGCAGUUUUCGAGCUAAAGGUUAACGUGGCCAAGAGUGUGCUUGUUCCAGUCGGGAAUGUACAGGACAUCUCUUCUCUAGCUGCGGUUCUUGGGUGUAGGGUGAGUUCCUUUUCUAUCCCUUAUUUGGGAUUGCCCCUAGGGGUUUCUCCCAGAUUAGUGGGGAGUUGGGAUUCUGUGAUUGAUAGAUUGACUACACGUCCGGUUUCUAUUGCGGGAGGAGUUGGGGCUUGGAAAUCCAUUCGGAAAGGAUGGGAUGCAUUUUCUCCUCAUGUUAGAUUCAGUGUUCGUGAUGGCAGUCGCGUUCGUUUUUGGGAAGAUCUUUGGUGUGGAAAUCAGCCUUUAUGUCGUACUUUCCCCAGAUUAUUUAGUAUUGCAGUUGAUAAACAUGCCACCGUAGCUAACUGUUAUCAGCUUGAUAAUAGUGGAAUUACGUGGAAUGUUCUUUUUCGGCGUUCUUUUCAGGAUUGGGAGCUAGAAGAUGUGAGCAUUUUUUUGGAUCAAUUGUACUGGCAGGAAGGACUUGGCAGGGGUUAUGACGAUUUGACUUGGAUUCCCUCUUCUCGCGGUCAUUUUGAAGUAAGGUCUUUGUUCUUAUGCUUGUCUAAUUUUGCACCCUAUGAUCUUCCAUGGAAGACUAUAUGGCGCUCUAUGGCUCCCACUAGGGUGGCUUUUUUUGUAUGGACCGCCGUUUGGCGUAAGAUUUUGACGAUCGAUAAUUUGAGAAAAAGGGGAAACUAUUUUGUUAAUUGGUGUUGCAUAUGUAAACAAAAUAGGGAGUUAGUCGAUCAUCUCCUAAUGCAUUGUUCUGUAGCGCACGACUGCUGGAAUCUUAUUCUUGGGCUUUUUGGCAUGUAUUGGGUAAUGUCACAUUCUACUAAGGAGCUGAUUCAUGCUUAG